AUGGUAAUUGUGACCUUUCAAGCUUGUCUGUUCAUAUCUAUCUAUCUAUCUAUCUAUCUAUCUAUCUAUCUAUCUAUGUUUGUUCAUAUCUAUUUAUCUAUGUUUGUUCUUAUCUACCUAUCUAUCAAUCUAUGUAUCAAUCUAUCUAUCCAUCAAUCAAUCUAUGUUUGUUCUUAUAUAUCUAUGUUUGUUCUUAUCUAUCUACCUAUCAAUCUAUGUGUGUUCUUAUCUAUUUACUGGAUAUUUCUUCGAUCUAUCUAUCUAUCUAUCUAUCUAAAAAAUGUGUGUUCUUAUCUAUUUAUCUAUAAAAAAAUCUAUCUAUCUAUCUAUCUAUCUAUUUUUGUUCUUAUCGAGAAAUUUAUCUAUAUUUGUUCUUAUCUAUCUAUGUUUGUUCUUAUCUAUCUAUCUAUCUAUCUAAUAACUAACUGUAUCUAUUUAUCUAUCUAUCUAUCAAACUCUGUUCGGCUCUCUCUUUCUCUCUCUCUCUCUCUCUCUCUCUCUCUCUCUCUCUCUCUCUCUAUCUAUCUAUAUAUCUCUCUCUCUCCGUCUAUCUGUCUAUCUAUCACAGUUUGUUCAUCUCUCUGUCUCUCAAACAUUCCGUCUAUCUAG